AUGGAGAGUAUUAGUUUGUCUGGGCAACCUCCUCCUAUACUAUCUAGUGAGGAACUUACUGGGGUGGAAGCAGAAGCUGUGGAGAGAAAUCAAUCUCAGCAGCAAAAUGUGCCUCCUCCUCAAUCUCCUGUGGUUAGUCCUAGUCCAGAGACGGGGGUUAAUGUGGGGGUCUUAACUACUUGGGUGUUCAAUCAAGAUGCAAUUAGGAGGGCCCUAGCAGAAAUGAUACUCAUUGAUGAGCUUCCUUUCAGAUUUGUAGAGGGGCAGGGGUUUAGAAAAUUUAUUCUUGUUGCAUGUCCUAGAUUUAAGAUCCCAUCUAGAUGGACUAUAAGUAGGGAUAUUUAUCAGAUUUUUUCUGAUGAGAGGGUAAAUCUGAAGAAACUGUUUAGGACUUCCUGCCAAAGAGUUAGUAUCACAACUGAUACUUGGACUUCUGUCCAAAGGAUAAACUAUAUGUGCAUCACUGCACAUUUUAUAGAUAACCAAUGGAAGCUACACAAAAAGAUCAUAUCAUUUGUCCCUGUCACCUCACAUAGGGGGGAAUACAUUGCCAAAGCCUUAGAAACUUGUCUUCUAGAGUGGGGGCUAAAAAAUAUAUUCACUGUGACUGUUGACAAUGCCUCUAGUAAUGACACUGUUAUGGGUUUCUUCAAAAAGAAGUUGCUGUCUUGGGGGGUUUCUUCUGUGAAAUGCAAUUAUGUGCACAUGAGAUGCAUUGCACAUGUCUUAAAUUUGAUUGUCCAGGAUGGGUUAAAGGAUGUAGACAGUUCUGUAAAGAAGGUGAGGGAUGCAGUUAGAUAUGUGAGAAAUUCUCCUGCUAGGCUAAAAAAAUUCAGGGACCUUGCUGAUUUAAUAGGGGUGGAAGCCAAGUCUAGUUUGACUCUUGAUGUACCAACUAGAUGGAACUCAACCUACUUGAUGCUUAAGAAUGCAGUCACAUAUCAAAAGGUAUUUGAUGCCUAUGAAGAAAAUGAUAGUUCAUUCUCCACUGAUUUAGGUGAAUUUGUCCCAGAUUUUAUGGAUUGGUAUUCUGUUGAGCAUAUGGUGAAGUUGCUUAAAUGUUUUUAUGAGAUGACCCUAAGGAUUUCUGGUUCUCUGUAUGUGACUGCCAAUAAUUUCUUCUCUGAAAUUUCUGACUUGUCUUGCAUGCUGUCUGAAAUGGUGGAAGCUGAAUCUGCCUCUGUUAAUCUGAUGGGUUUAAAUAUGAAAACGAAGUUUGAGAAAUAUUGGGGUGAUCCUGAUAAAAUGAAUGCCAUAAUUUUUUAUGCAAAUAUAUUGGAUCCAAGGGAUAAAAUUGCAUACAUGCCAUACCAGUUCACACAACUGUAUGGUGAUGAAAAGGGAGAAUCUUGUUUCAAAAAUGUUUUAACUGGUCUGAAGAAUUUGUUUGAUGACUAUGUGCAUGGUUCAUCUGCCAGUGUUGAUUCUGCUACUGCUGUCACUGGUACAUCCCAGUCCCACUCUCAAUCUGUCACCGUUGGUAGACCACAGUCUAAACUGAAAUCUCAGUUAAAAAAGCAAAGAGCAGAGAGUGCCUCUGAAUCUGCUUUUAGCACUAGUGGGAGAGUGCUAGAUGCAUUUAGGAGUUCAUUAACUCCUAGAAUAGUGGAAGCACUUGUGUGUGCCCAAGAUUGGAUGAGGUUGCCAAAUCAACCCAUCUCAGCAGAAGAAAAUCUAGAUGAAGUAGAGAGAUUAGAAACAGAACUGGUGAGUGGCAGUGGAGCUGGGAGCAGUGAAGUUGGUUUAUCACUUCCCACAAUUGCUGUGUUGGAAACUUGGACAGUUGCCAAUUGGCAAAAUGGCAAGUGGCUGGGCAACUAUUAUUUGUUGCUGCCAUUUUGCAAUUUGCCAGUUUGGACUGUUGGAACUUGGAACUCUGAGGCAAGAACAAAUGGAUAA